UGAACCCAUAAAAAGAGCCAAAGUUGAACUUUUACCAGCAGCAGCAGAGCAGAACUCUCUCUGACAGACAGGCGACAGACAGGCAACAGACUGAAAAUGGCAACUAUUCGUCGACAAAUCCCUUACACACCAAAAGCUCCUAUCAGGCAGGGAGUAUACAGCCAGGCGGUGGUUGUGGACAGGACCAUGUACAUCUCGGGUCAGCUGGGUCUGGACGUGGCCUCUGGACAGCUGGUGGACGGAGGAGUGCAGGCUCAGGCCAAACAGGCUCUCAUCAACAUGGGGGAGAUCCUCAAAGCUGCCGGCUGUGACUACACUAACGUGGUGAAGACGACUGUGCUGCUCGCAGAUAUAAAUGACUUCAACAGCGUCAAUGAGGUCUACACCACAUUUUUCCGCAGCAACUUCCCCGCCAGAGCUGCCUACCAAGUGGCUGCACUCCCCAGAGGCGGACGGGUGGAAAUUGAGGCAGUCGCUGUCGUCGGCCCUCUCUCAGACUCCUGACUAACCGGCAGUAUGACGAACAAGCUGUAGUCAAAACCAUCAAGUGACCGUAUAGUUUCAACACAUGAAAGACCAAACUAGGAUCUUGUCGACUUUCCUUCUGAUAGUUAUGGAUUUUAGUAUUCAUUUGUUGCUCUGAAUGCACCUCUGGAAAACCACUGAUCUUUAGAUUAAACCCCUAAAUAACAGAGCAGCACUUAAUUUCACACCCUACGUACAGUGCAUACAUACAUGUACAUGAUAUAGACGGUGAUGAAAAUGUGAGAUUGUACCUCGAUCACCAGGCUAACUUUUCCACCACAGUGGUAAGAUUCAGUGUCAGGCGGACUUCCUGUCAGUGCUGUUUCUAGUUUAGAAACUCAUCUUUUGUUUUAUUACUGAGAAAAUGAACAUUUGAUUAAAAAAAGCAGCUUUCACAAAUAAAUAAAUGUGAUUAAACCCCUUAAAUCUUGAAUGGUUAUUCACCUUAAAACAUAACUCUGCAUCCCUUAUUAAGAUGUCAAUAAAAGUUCCCGUAUUAAAUGUGAUUUUUGUUUAACGUGGCCUUUUUA